AUGAAAAAAAAGAACACUGAAGCAGUUUUUGAUGAUGGACUAUCGAUAAACGAACGUACUCAUUCUAGAGCACAUGGAGAGGAAAUGGUAAACGACACUUUGGUUGAUUACGUUCUUCUUUUUGUUCCAAGUAUAAUAAUCAAUGAAUUUGCAGUUGUUUGUAGAGUGUUGCAUCUGUUGAUGUAUCGCAAAACAUCAAUGUCAGUAAAACAUAUGUUGUUGCUAUCUCAUAAUUUAUGUUCUAUGAUGCAACAUUAA